AUGAUUUUGCGCUUUAAAAUACGACCGCUAAUAUUACUUACAUAUUUAUACACGAGCUUUGUCAAUUCAAACAAGCAUAUUCAAAACACGUUAUCACCAUAUACCUUGCCUCAAAAUAUACCAAACCAAUUAUAUAAUAAAAUAGUGCCACCCCUAACAAAUGGAAAUAUAACUCACCCUAUUUUAAAUGGAAAUGGUCAUAAAAAACCAAAUAAACAUACAUGUGAAGCAGCAGGAUGCUCUUCAUAUAAAGAUAUUAUAAAAAAUAAUGACAACAAAAAUAACAAUCAUGAUGAUUGUUUAGACGGAUUUAUUUGUAAAAAAUGUAAAAAAACUCAUGCAAAAAAUUCGAAUAUAUGUUUUUAUUCCAAUCUUGAAGGAUAUCAAAAUUUAUAUGAGGCAUUACUUGAAGAAUAUACAGUGACACCCUAUGAUAAGUUCAAAAUACCUUUAAAUAAAUCGAGCAAAAAAAAAGAAGAUAAUGAAAAUGGUGAUACAAAAAAGGGGGGUGAUGAUAAUUCAGAGAAGCAGGAUGAAAAUGAUGACGAAGAAAAUGUAAACUCUUAUCAAAGUUUGAAUAAAAAUGGGGUAGAGUUUGUUGAAAAGACAAAACAUAAACACAGUAAUAACAAGCAUAGCCAAUUGAAUGUAUUAAAUCCUUUUGUAAAAAACAAUGGAUUUACACCUUACUCUACUAAUGAUUAUUCUUUUUUACUUAAAAAAAAUAAAAAACCAGAAAAAAUUGUAUAUAAAAGAUUGAAAAUAAAUAUAAAUAAAUAUGAAGAAUAUUUAAAAAGUAAAUUAAAUAAUUGUGGUGUUUCAAAAGAUGGGAUAGUAACUAUAUAUAUUAAAUUAUUGCUACAAAUUGUUAAGGAUAAAAAGGAUAUAUAUGUUGACAUAAGUAAGCAAAGUAUUUUAAGCUCCAAAACAGGUAGUAAAUCAAAUCAUAGUAAAAAUGAAAAACAAAAAAAUGAUGAAGACUCAACAGAUGAUGAAACUGAAAAUGAUAGUGAUGAUGAAGAUGAUUAUGGAAGUAACAAAAAAAAAUCAAAUAAUUAUUCCUAUUUAGAAAUUCAAAAUUUUGGAAAUAAUAAUAAUUCAAACAUUACUCAAUCAUUUAAAUAUGGUGAACAAGGUUUUACUUAUAAAGACAUGCAAAAAAAAUUGUCUAAAAAUUCGUACAACUUUAAUGAAAAAGAGACAAACAAAAUAAAUAAGAUAAGCCUAAAUAAUCCAAUCAUUAAAAAUGUAGAAAAAUAUAAUUUUUAUCAAAGACAGUAUGGAGAUGAUUCAGAUGGUGAUUCAAUGGGAGAUUAUUAUAAAUCUAAAAGUGGAUUUUUUAAAUCUUUAUUUUCUAAAAUUUAUAGAAAAAAAUCAGAUGACGAUUAUGACUCUUCAUCAGAUGAUGAUAAUGAAGAUGAUGGCAAAAAAAAAAGACGUUUUAGUUUAUUUUCAUGGAAGAAGAAAAAAAAUAAGUAUCACUCAAAAAAAAAUAAAAACCAUGAUGAAGAUGAAGAUGAUGAUAAAUAUUCGAAUAAAAAAUAUGAUGAAGAAAAUGAUGAAAAUGAUGAUAAUGAAUCAAAAGAAAAUAAAAAAAAUAAUAAAAGUUUAAUUUCAAAAAGUGACAAAAAAAAAUCAAAAAUAAAAGCAUUUUUUAGCAAAAUAAAAAAUAAAAUUCUUCCCCCAAAACAAAAAUUACAUAUAGAAGCAUUUUUUAAUAGUAUCAUAGUUAAAUCUUGUAAAAAUUCAAUAAAAUGGGAAGGAAAAAUGUUUAAAAAAAAAUCACUUGUUGAAGUUACUUUGAAAGUUCCUGUUAAAAUAAAGUACAUUGAAGAUGAACCUCUUAAUUUUUUUAGAUCUGGAUUUGAAACCAUUUUAACUUGUCAUAAUUGUAAUGAUAUAAUAUUUAAUUCAUGUGUACAGGUUUAUUGUACAAAAAAAAAUGACCACGAGCAAGGUAAGGAUGCUGGAGUAAGUCAAACUCAAAACAAACCAAACGAGUCAGGUUCAACAGGAGGAAAACCACCAAAUGCUUCACAAUUUCCAUAUAUAUCUGGUGCAUCUGUACUUUCAUCCUUGCCAGCAUAUAAUAAUAAUAAUAAUUAUUAUCCAGGGGCUUCUUGGCAAUUUAAUAAUAAAAUGGAUUGGCUCAAAGUUAUGAUAAGAAGUGGGUCCGAAUAA